AAAUGUGUCACUUUUUUCGAUUUUCCUUAUGGCUACUAGAACUGUGAAAUUUUGAAAUGUAAAAUUAUAUUUUAUAAAUGCUACUUCAAAACCAAAUCGACUCCCCAUCAACUCAGAGACGGUUGCCAUGCCGAAGAACGACAAGGGUGCGACCGCGGCGGAGACGAUAUCCUCCGAUAAGUGGGUAUCGGUGGACUCCAAGACUAUUGUCUUUCCACAGCCCGAUCGUUACCCCACUGGUGACAGCAGCAACAGUUACCAAGGUAGCGGCGACCUGGACCGUCCAAUGCAAUCGAUGGGCAAGCACCGGAAGCUGCUGGAGGACCCACGUUUCCGGAUUCGACCGCUGCAGCAAGUGCUCUCCGCCUGUGCGGGCGCCAUGAUCACGGCCUGCUUCAUGACCCCCCUGGAUGUCAUCAAGACACGAAUGCAAUUGCAGCACUCUUCGCCGAACAAGUGUUUUUUUUAUUCCAAUGGCCUCAUGGAUCACUUGUUCUCCUCUGGCUCCGACGGUCUUCCAAAUAUACUGAACCGGAGGCCUAAGCCACAGUUCACCAGCACCUGGGACGCCCUGAUAAAGAUCAGCCGCCACGAGGGCGUCUGGACGCUCUGGUCUGGCCUCGGGCCAACUUUGGUCUCCGCUCUGCCCUCCACCAUUAUCUACUUUGUGGCCUACGAACAGUUCAAGGCCAAGUACGUAAAGAUGUACCAGAAUCACCUGCAGAAAAAUGGCUCCUCCACCCGCGUUAAAGACGAAGCCUUGCCAGCUGUAGUGCCUAUGAUGUCGGGAGUAUCAGCCCGAGUAUCCGCGGUCACUGUAGUCAGCCCCAUAGAGCUAGUCCGAACCAAGAUGCAGGCCCAGCGACAAACCUACGCCCAGAUGCUGCAGUUCGUCCGGAAUGUGAUCGCACUACAGGGCAUCUGGGGGUUGUGGCGAGGUCUGCGUCCCACCAUAUUGAGAGACGUACCCUUCUCCGGAAUCUACUGGCCCAUUUAUGAGUACCUGAAACGGAGCCUCGGGAGCGGCAGUUCCCAGCCCUCGUUCGGUUUGAGUUUUUUUGCUGGGGUGCUGGCGGGAUCGGUGGCGGCCAUUGUGACCACGCCCUUUGACGUGGUAAAGACCCUCGAGCAGAUCGAGUUUGGGGAAAGGGUUAUUUUUACGGAUUCCCCGACCAAGGAUGUUGGCCAGAGAUCCACUUAUAGCCGGCUGGCAGCCGUCUACAAGAUGCACGGCGUGCGUGGCCUCUUUGCCGGCGUCGGGCCCAGGCUGCUAAAGGUGGCGCCCGCCUGUGCCAUCAUGAUAUCCACCUUCGAGUACAGCAAGUCCUUCUUCUUUUACUACAACGUGAAGCAGCACAACGAGGCCCUGUUGCUAAGCAAUCCCAACGCCACCUUGGUCAAGGAAGAGGACCUGGAGUAGAUAAAGUAGUGGGUGCUUGGGUGUUUUGCCCGGGUUCCUGGGUGUGCAGUGAAGUCGAUUCUCUUUUUUAAAUAAAGAACGCAUAUUUUAUGUA